UAUGAUUAUUAAUAGAAAAUUGGGGAUAUUGUUAUUAUAUUAAUAUACAAAUAGUAUUUAAUUAAUUUUAUUGAUUAAAUACAAUCCAUUUACAAUUAAUAUUAUUUCCACAGUAAUAUUAAUGAGUUACCAUUAUAAAAAUAAUGGUAGCUAACAAACUUAUCAUGCUAGUCCAUCACAAAAAAUGCAAGAGGUGUAUGAGCUAUCUAGAGAAUAAGCAACUAGGAAAUUAUUAGAUAAGAAAAUCUAAGAAUUAGAGUAUAAAAUCAAGCAAUCUGAAAUUGUGAUAUAAAGACAGCAAUCAUAAUUAUAUGUAGUGUUUGACAAUGAUGACAUUUUUAUUUUGAACUCAAAAUUUUUAUUUUUAAUUAAAGAAUUAUUUUAAGGAAUAAAAAGAACAUUAUCAUAUGGAAUAAUAAGUUGUAACUCAAGUAACUCAUUUAAAAAUGGAAAAUAUUUUUCAUUAUAGUUUUUAGGAAAUCACUAUUGA